AUGAAAAGAUUUGUUUCAAUCUUAUUGAUUGCCUUGACUUUGGCCAUUCUUGCACUUUCUUUCACUUCUGGAGUUUCUGCAGAAGAAUCAACUGCUGCCUCAACACUUUCCUUGUUCAUUAGAAAGAAUAACAAGAAGAGAAAUCUCAAGAAGAGAAAGAAGAAUAGAAAGCUCAACAACUACAUUGACACCUAUGGAAGAAAGAGAAGAGGAUGGAAGAAAUUUGGAAAGAAGGGAAUUAUCAGAAAGAAGAUUGAUGUUUAUGGAAAGAAGAGAAGAUUUAAUAAGAAGAGAAGAAUUGACACUUACAGAAAGAAGAAUAGAAAGAAUAGAAAGAAUAGAAGAGGUGGCAAGAAGAAUAAGAAAGUUGAUAUUUACAAGCGUAAAUUGAAACAGAAAUCAAUUUCUUAA